AAUUAUAUAUCACAAAAAAAUGGAGAAAAGAAUCAAAUUCAUAUUUUUGUUGGUCAUUUUUACUUAUUUUGAAAUCGCAAUAGAUGGUCAAAGCGAAAGCUUAAUCAGCAAGACUUGCAGUCACACAUCUAAUAAUGCUCUAUGUGCUUCAACAUUAAACUCAGACCCAGCAGCAGCUAAUGCUAAAGACAUUGGAGAUUUAGUCGUGAUCAUGCUGAAUCAUGUAACUCAGCAGGUAAGUGACACUAAAAAUCAUAUACAAGGUCUAAUAAGAAACCGUGAAAUUGGUGAUCCCGAAAGACAUCUGCUUAAUAUUUGUGAUCAAAACUAUAAUUUUAUCCUUACAAGUUGGCUUGUUAAUGUUAGAGAUGCCUUGUCAAAACGAAAUUACCCUGAUGCAAGGGAUUAUAUGCGUUCAGUACCGGACAUGGUCGACCAGUGUGAGAAGAGUUUUGCACCACCAGUCACCUCUCCUAUUUCUGCAGAUAGCAAGGCAACCUUUGAUAUUUCUAACGUUACAUUUGAUGUUAUAGUUUUAGCUAUAAAUCCCCCAUUUAUUAACUUAAAUGAUGGUCAAAGCAAAAGCUUAAUCAGCAAGACUUGCAGUCACACAUCUGAUAAUGCUCUAUGUGCUUCAACAUUAAACUCAUACCCAGCAGCAGCUAAUGCUAAAGGCAUUGGAGAUUUAGUCGUGAUCAUGGUGAAUCAUGUAACUCAGCAGGUAAGUGACACUGAAAAUCAAAUACAAGGUCUAAUAAGAAACCGUGCAAUUGGUGAUCCCGAAAGAAAUCUGCUUAAUAUUUCUGAUCAAAACUACAAUUUUAUCCUUACAAGUUGGCUUGUUAAUGUUAGAGAUGCCUUGUCAAAACGAAAUUACCCUGAUGCAAGGGAUUAUAUGCGUUCACUACUGGAUCAUCUUGGUCAGCUGCGAGAACAGCUGGAUUGGGAACAAUAUGCUGGUCCUGUUGUUCUGGCAGUUUCUGGAUUUGGGUCACUAUGCUUCGAACGUUUGAUUACUUUGGAGGAUGAACCACUUGAAAUCUUGCGUUUGGUACUGCAUCCAGUAAUGGUGGAGGAUGAACCACUUUUAGAGGUUGUGGCUGGGUAUGUGUACGGGAUUUAG